UGGCGCUACGUCGAGUUCCGUCUAGCGGUUAGCAGGGAGGUAGUAGUCCAGUCUGCCUCUGUAGGAAGGAGGAGGACAGCUGGCUGCCUUUUAUAUCCAAACUUACAGCACAGAGAGGUGAAGGCUGCAGAGACCAUGGAGUCCAAAAGGAGGCGCCCUCAGCACCAUGCCAAUGGAAAAGGGUCUGAAGCUGUGGAGAAGUCAGCACAGUGGGGGAGAGCAUGGGAGGUGGACUGGUUUUCCCUGAUCGGUGUCGUCAGCCUGCUUUGCUUCGCUCCCUUCAUCGUCUUUUACUUUGUGAUGGCCUGCGAUCAGUACGAGUGCUCCAUCAGCCAGCCUCUGCUAGAGCUGUGCCAAGGAAAGGCAACCUUGCUGUCCAUCUGGGCCCGGGCCCCCUCCUUCACAUGGACUGCUGCUAAGAUAUACACCAUCUGGGUGAGCUUUCAGGUGUUCCUCUACGUGUGUAUUCCUGACGUCACCCAUAAGUUUAUUCCGGGCUACGUGGGUGGAGUGCAAGAUGGAGCUCGUACCCCUGCUGGUUUUAUUAACAAAUAUGAGAUCAACGGGCUGCAGUGUUGGAUCAUCACCCAUGCUCUGUGGUUUGCAAACGCCAAUUAUUUCCACUGGUUUUCUCCUACCAUUAUAUUUGACAACUGGAUCCCCCUGUUGUGGUGUACCAAUAUCCUGGGCUAUGCUGUGUCUACCUUUGCCUUUGUAAAGGCCUACCUGUUCCCCACCAGUGCUGAGGACUGUAAGUUUACAGGGAACAUAUUUUAUAACUACAUGAUGGGGAUAGAGUUCAACCCUCGCAUCGGCAAGUGGUUUGACUUCAAGCUGUUCUUCAAUGGCAGACCUGGCAUUGUCGCCUGGACCCUGAUUAAUCUGUCUUACAUGGCCAAGCAGCAAGAGCUGUACGGUCAUGUCACCAACUCCAUGAUUCUGGUCAACGUGCUGCAGGGGAUUUAUGUGCUGGAUUUCUUCUGGAAUGAGGCGUGGUACCUGAAGACCAUUGAUAUCUGCCAUGACCACUUUGGGUGGUAUCUAGGCUGGGGGGACUGUGUGUGGCUGCCAUACCUCUACACCCUGCAGGGCCUGUACCUGGUGUACCAUCCAGUCCAGCUAUCAGACGCUCACGCUCUCGCCGUGCUGUUGCUCGGGCUCGUUGGGUAUUACAUUUUCCGCUCCACCAACCAUCAGAAAGAUCUGUUCCGCCGCACGGAGGGCGCCUGCUCCAUCUGGAGGCGUAAGCCCACCUACAUCGAGUGCUCGUACCUGUCCGCCGACGGCCGCAGCCACCGCAGCAAGCUUCUGACCUCGGGGUUCUGGGGAGUGGCGCGCCACUUCAACUACACUGGCGACCUGAUGGGCUCCUUGGCAUACUGUGCUGCCUGUGGCUUUGGCCACAUUCUCCCAUACUUCUACAUAGUUUACAUGACCAUCCUGCUGGUCCACCGCUGUGUGCGAGACGAACACCGCUGCAGCAGCAAGUACGGGAAAGACUGGAGACGUUACACCGACACAGUACCUUACAGGCUGAUUCCUGGACUGUUUUAAAGAGAUGCAGAGGAAGAGUUGGAAAAGCAUUCAAAUGAUGAAUGCUUGGUUAAACAAGAUAAGCUUGGCUCCUCCCACUGAACAUUCUCCUCUGAACUUCAGACUCUGCACUGCGAACUCAUCCCUAUAACCCACUGCCAAAUGAAGACAGUUUGAUAGUUUUUGGUUUCCAUGGAGCGACAGUGUGCCAUCAUGCAGGACAUUUGAUAAAAAGAUGUAUUUUUUUUUAAAAACAGCCUCAGCAAUCAUCAGAAACAAAGUUUCUUGUUUAAAACACUGAACGCCAUGUGCUUCAAAGUGAGGGUCACGGCCCCUGGG